GGGAAAUGCUCCUAUUCAUGAUGAGAAGCGAGUUUGGAGUAUUUGCAGUAAUGGGUAGCCAAACUGUGAUGUAGUGUUUGAUCGAAUAUUGCACUGGACCAAAGUGAAAUGUCUUUGUCUAUGACGAGAAGUGAAUUUGAUAUGGUUUCGUCUCAUGAGAAGCGUCCUAUGAAUGUGAUCAGUGUAUCUUCGGCAAGGACUUGGAACUUGGAAGAACAUAUGCAAGGUCUAGAGGCAAAAGGAUAGUGCUUCAAGCGCUGAAGAAAGGGAUAUUAUUGCUCCAUCCACUCUGAAAGCAACCAUAGUGUAUCUCUUUUGUACUAG